CUUGGUGCAGCAAGACCUCAAAAGCCAAUCAACCAUGCAGGAUAUGGACCCGCAGUCGACCCGCGCCCAGUUCACGCAGGUGACGACGCCCGGCGAGCCGGACACAGCGAAUGUGAGCAACCACCUGCCGUCCCCGUCGAUGGCGCUGGAGCUCGACACUCCGCGCGCCGUGGAAGUGGUGACGGGGGCCGGCAUCCCCACGGGCGCGUGGGCCGCCGGCCUCUUCGACUGCUUGGACAACAUGAUGCCCAACUGCUUCAUGGUCACCUUGUGCCCGUGCGUGGCGCUGGCUCAGCUGUCCACGCGCUUGGGUGUGGCCUCGUACCGACUCGUGUUGGGUCUGCUGCUGCUCGUGACGGCGCUUGAGAUCACCUCGUUCGCGCUCGUGUGGACCAUGUCCGAUGAUGACGACGACUCGAGCGACGGAAGCUACUACUUCUACGGAUGGGAGCACAGCGGCCACUCGGGCAACGCCGUGGCCAACGGCACCUUCGCGGUGCUCACGCUGCUGGUGCAGAUGCUGCUGUUCGUCUACAUCUGGCAGCUCCGCGUCAAGACGCGCACGCGCUUCCAGCUGCCGGGCAACGCCGCCACCGACUGCCUUAGCUCGUGGUUCUGCUCCUGCUGCACGGUGGCGCAGCUCCGCACCCACUUGCGCUGCUACCAGCCAGGCGACUGCAGCUUCGGGGCCCCCGACGUGCUCCAGGCGUACCCGGGCAAGUCGUACGCCGUGUAAAACCCAACCACUGGGACGCUCCAAGCCUCUUAUGCGCACUUGCAUAUCCCCCCUACCGUUCACCUAAGUGCCGUUGCACGAAAUAUAUCCCCCACGCAAUCCCAAUCCU